CCAAACCAUGAUGCAGCGUCAAGCCGCAUGCAGGAUGGAGCACGGGAGCCUCGUGUCCUACAAUUCUUGAGAAUAUAUCUCUCUAUCCCAGCAGGCGCUACUCUACAGAUUUCCCCUCCAAUGUCUCCCAAAAAACAAACACGAAAAUGGAAAGAAAAGAAGAUCAGGAAAGCUGGCGAUGUGACACUAGACACUAGUAUUGCAAAAUCCGAUGAUAUCAUUAUACCGUAGGUUUAUUCAUGGUCCAAGACGGUGAUGCAUCUUAUUGAAUUACCUAGCGUAAUGGGGCCAACUGGAGUUGGGAAAAGCACCUUCAUCAACACUGCAGCCGGGAAGGUCGUGACACCUGUCGGUCAUGAUUUGCAGUCGUGUACAGCAACAAUCCAACACGCAUUCUGUCCAUAUCCCGGCAAUCGCUCCCGCCGCAUAGUCUUUGUUGACACACCGGGUUUUGAUGAUACGUUCGUGGAUGACUCGGAGAUCUUGAGACGCAUCGCCGUUUGGCUGGCAACUUCGUAUGGCAAUGAUAUGAAGCUGGCUGGUGUCCUCUACCUUCACGACAUCAGCCAACCUCGGAUGUUCGGUACAUCGCGCAGGAAUCUUGAUAUGUUUCGAAGGCUGUGCGGUGAAGAUGCAGAGAAGAACGUCAUUCUGGUGACCACAAAAUGGGGCGAUAUCGUCCCGGACGUGGGACGAAGGCGCGAGGAACAACUAAAAAGCAGCUUUUGGAAGGAAAUGGUUGAACAUGGAUCAAGACCCGCUCGGUUCGAAGGCUCGAAAGAAUCUGCUUGGGAGGUCAUAAAGCCCAUUCUCGCGAACAAGGAAGUUCUCGAGGCCAUCCGCAUUCAACAGGAAAUGGUUGACUUGGGGAAAAUGAUACCAGAGACCGACGCAGGAAACACCUUGCGUGCCGCAUUGAAGGAGGUGGCAGCUACACAUAGAAGGGCCGUCGAGGGAUUGAGAGCAGGUGUUGGAGAUGACGAAGAACGGCAAAGAUUGAAGGAGACCGAGAAAGAACUUCGCGAGCUCUUAAAACAGAUUGAAGAUCUCAAGUUGCCAUUCAUGAAGCGGUUCUUGUCUUUGUUUACUGGUCGUUAACUCGGUUCCCGCUCACAUACAUCACACCUACUCUUUCUGUUCUCUAUGCACACUCCAAAGGCAUGUGUACAUACUUAGUUGAGUCUACGCCGUGUAACUUACCUGAAUCCCGACUACUUAUAAUAAUUAGCUGGCUUGAUGCCCCGCUCACGAGUCACUAGUACUGGUAGUACUGUCAUCUGUGGUUCGAAUCCAAGCCACUCGAAGUUAAAAUUCCCUUAUGUACGCAAACAAAUUUUGUC